AUGGACUCAGACAUCGAAGAAAUGACUUCCAAUAGUAUCAAGCUUUUAGCUGGUAAUUCUCAUCCCGAAUUAGCCGAAAGAAUCUCUAGAAGAUUGGGUAUCCCAUUAUCUAAAGUCGGUGUGUACCAAUAUUCCAAUAAAGAAACCUCCGUAACUAUUGGGGAAUCCAUUCGUGAUGAAGAUGUUUAUAUCAUUCAAACAGGUUUUGGUGCCGAAGAGAUAAACGAUUUCUUAAUGGAACUAUUAAUCUUAAUCCAUGCCUGUAAGACAGCCUCUGCGAGAAGAAUUACAGCUGUGAUUCCAAAUUUCCCAUACGCCAGACAAGAUAAAAAGGAUAAGUCUCGUGCUCCUAUUACAGCCAAACUGAUCGCUAAUUUAUUGGAGACAGCUGGUUGUGAUAAUGUCAUCACUAUGGAUUUACAUGCUUCUCAAAUUCAAGGGUUUUUCCAUAUUCCUGUGGAUAAUUUAUAUGGGGAACCAAGUGUCUUGAAUUAUGUUAGAACUAAAAUAGAUUUGAAGAAUGCUAUAUUAGUAUCGCCUGAUGCUGGUGGUGCUAAAAGAGUAGCAUCUUUGGCUGAUAAAUUAGAUUUGAAUUUUGCUUUAAUCCAUAAGGAAAGGCAGAAGGCUAACGAAGUGUCCAGAAUGGUUCUUGUUGGUGAUGUUACUGGUAAAUCAUGUUUGUUAAUCGAUGACAUGGCUGAUACAUGUGGUACUUUGGUAAAAGCAUGUGAUACGUUAUUAAAUCAUGGCGCUAAAGAAGUUAUCGCCAUUGUCACGCAUGGUAUAUUUUCAGGUAAUGCCAGAGAGAAAUUGCAAAAUAGUAGGCUUUCAAGAAUUGUAUGCACAAAUACUGUUCCAGUCGACAUGAACCUACCGAUUAUUGAUCAAGUAGAUAUUAGUCCCACAUUAGCAGAAGCUAUAAGGAGAUUACAUAAUGGUGAAUCUAUCUCCUAUCUAUUCACGCAUGCACCUAUGUAA